AUGGAAGAUUCUGCUCAAGACAGAAGAUCUAGCAGGCGAUCCAAAGGGGAUACUUCUUACAAAGCAAAAGCAUUCGAAAAAUUCAAACAGCUGAAGAAAGGGAUUAAAAACAAGUACGAAGUUGAUGAUAUUGAUAAUGUUUAUGAAGUCGUUGAAGAAAAAGAGUACGUAAAAGAAGUUUUAUCAAGAUACGAAGAUGAUUGGAUUGUCGAUGAUGAUGGCAGCGGCUAUGUUGAGGAUGGCAGGGACAUUUUUGAUGAUGACAUGGACUUGCAGUCCAUCGCUCAAGCAUCUAAUAAAGGAAAAGGUACUAAAAGGAAAAGCAAAAACUUGUCGGAAAACGCAGGAAAAGGGAAAUUGCAGCAAAUGCUGUCCAGUAUGCCAACAAAGAAAAAAACGGAGACAAAAAUCGACGAUGAUGAUGAAAUGUUAUCAGAAAUUCUUGGGGAAAUUGAUUCACCUUCAACAAGCGUUGCUAAACCCAAAAUCAAAGAAUAUUCAGUUCUGGCUAAAAAAUUAGCUGCUAAAAAUUAUAUGAAAAACUUCUCACAACCGAUAAAAAAACGUGCCAUAGAAAGAAAAUCAUUACCAACAACAGAGACUCCCGAAAAGAAUUCAACCCCAUUAAAAGAGGUGACUGCUAAUGUAGAACAACCUACAAAACGAAUUUUAGAGCCAGUAAAUGCAAAAAUAAAUCAAGCCGCAAGUCCAGUGGUGGAAAAUAAUGAAAAAUUUGAUGAAACUCUAUCAGAUCAAUUCACUGAAGAUAUUUCCUUUGAUGAUUUCAAUGAAACUCCUACAAAAAUCACCGAAACGCAAAUAAUAGACACUGAAAUGACUCAAGAGGAGUUUGAUGAUGAUUUCGAUGUCACACUGAUUGAAGAAGUCGAAUCUAAGUUAUCUGCUGCCGGUGAGAAGCUUGCUGACAACAUUCAGGCAGAUUUUGAGACUGAAUGGGAGAAUUUCUCAAAUACCAGCGUUAAUGUCGAUAGUAAUAACCAAAAUUUGUUGGACAAAACUGAUAUACCUCUGGAAGAAGUUGAUGGACAAAAGGUAUUUAGAUUUUUUUGGUGGGACGCCUACGAAGACCCCGUACAUCAAAAAGGAUCCGUUUUCUUAUUUGGUAGGACUUAUUGCGAAAAAACGAAGAGUUUUAUGAGUUGUUGCGUUGCCGUACGGAACAUCGAUAGGAGAAUCUUCGUCCUACCCAGACCGUUCGAACUCGACAACGAUGGUCAACCAACCGACAACGCCGUUACGAUUAAAAACGUUUAUGACGAAUUCAACAACACCAUUUUGAAACCAUUGGGAGUGAAAUCGUUUAGAACAAAACCAACCAUGAAGAAGUACGCUUUUAAUCCCAAUAUACCGAGCGAAUCCGAAUAUAUGGAAGUUAGAUAUGCCGCGUCAGAACCGCGAAUCGACGUUGAAAAUUUACCGAAAAAAAUCCGCACUUUUUCGAAAAUUUUCGGUACUAACACGAGCUUCUUAGAGACGCUCUUUUUGGAUCGCAAAAUCAAAGGUCCUUGCUGGUUGGACAUAUCGAAUCCCGUGCCGGUAUCCAACCCUGUAAGCUGGUGCAAAUUCGAAGUAAACUGUAUGAAAAUCGUCGACCUUAAAUUAACUCCUAGCGAAAAACCGCUUCCUCCACCGCCUCUUGUCGUGGCGACCAUUAAUAUGAGGAGCUGCAUUAACAGGAGGACCGGCACGCUCGAGCUGGUUAUGCUGUCCUGUUUGGCGCAUAACGAGUACGAGGUGGAUAAACAGCCUCCAGAUCCGCCAUUUCAACAGCAUUUUUGCGUUUUUACCCGUCCCAGUGACCAACCACUUCCAUCCGACAUCCACAACGCUCUCGGCAAAUACAAAGCUACCAAAGUCCAAAAAAUGGACUCCGAGAAAGGCAUGCUCAACUUCUUCGUCAACAAAUUCACAGAAAUCGAUCCUGAUCUCAUAGUUGGCCACGAUUUGCAGGGUUACCAAAUCAACGUGCUCGUCAACAGAUUGUUGACGUUGAACACCGUGAGUUUCAACAAAUUGGGACGGCUGAAGAGGACCGAUAAGAAGGCGUUGGAGAAGAGUUUGUUUGCCGGCCGAUUGGUGUGCGAUAUGAAAGUGUCCGCCAAAGAACUGAUCAAAUCUCGAUCGUACGAUUUGGAAACCCUCUGCCAGGUCGUGCUGAAAUUAAACGACAACCAACGAAUCGAAUUAGAGCCGGAAGAUAUACCGAAAAUGUUCAAAACGUCCGACGAUAUUUUGAAACUGAUCUCGUUCACGAUGCAGGACACCAUGUACAUAAUAAAGAUGAUGUACGGCUUGAACGUGAUACCGCUGGCGCUGCAGAUCACCAAUAUAGCCGGUAACGUCAUGUCGAGGACUUUGAUGGGCGGUCGAUCCGAAAGAAACGAAUUCCUAUUGCUGCACGCUUUCUCCGAAAAAGGAUUCAUAUUGCCCGAUAAGGAGUACAAGAAGAAAAUUCCGGGUCAGAAGGGUUCCAAGAAGAAACCUACUUACGCCGGAGGUUUGGUCCUGGAUCCCAAGGUAGGUUUCUACGACAAGCUCAUCCUCCUCAUGGACUUCAAUUCCUUAUAUCCCAGUAUAAUUCAGGAAUACAAUAUAUGCUUUACCACAUUACCUGUCACAGAGGAAGACGAUAAUCUGUACUUACCGGACAGCAGUCUGCCGCCUGGCAUUUUACCGACAGAAAUCAGAAAACUAGUAGAGAGUCGACGUCAAGUCAAAGGUCUGAUGAAGAGACCGGAUCUAUCUAAUGAUCUGCGAGUGCAGUACGAUAUCAGGCAGAUGGCUCUGAAGUUGACAGCUAACUCCAUGUACGGUUGUUUGGGUUUCGCAAAUUCCAGGUUCUACGCCAAAAAUUUGGCCGCUUUGGUCACGCAGAAAGGUCGAGAAAUCUUGACCAACACCAGGGAUAUGAUCGAGAAAAUGAGCUACAAUGUCGUGUACGGAGAUACCGACAGUAUUAUGAUUAAUACUAAUAUUUUGGAGUAUGAACAGGUAUUCAAAAUCGGCGUGAAAAUCAAACAGGAAGUCAACAAACUGUACAAACAAGUCGAGUUGGACAUAGACGGCGUGUUCAAAUAUUUGCUGCUAUUGAAAAAGAAGAAAUACGCCGCUAUAUCUCUAGCGAAAGACAAAAAUGGCGGUCUCGUCACCACCAAAGAGUACAAAGGUUUGGACAUAGUUCGCAGGGAUUGGUCUCAACUGUCUUGCGAGGCUGGCAAAUACGUUUUGGAUCAGAUAUUGAGCGAUCAGUCUCCGGAUGACAGAAUAGAAAACAUUCACGAGUAUUUGAGGAAAAUUCGUGCCGAUUUGGAAGAAGGCAAAGUACCAAUACCUCUAUUAGUGAUAACCAAGCAACUUACUAAAGAACCUCAGAUGUACCCGGAUAAAGCUUCUUUGCCGCACGUUCAGGUGGCGCUGAGGUAUAACAAAAACAGCGGCGGUCAUUUCAGAAGCGGCGACACUGUUCCUUACGUAAUUUGCGAAGAUGGGACUAGGAAUAAUGCUAUACAACGUGCCUAUCACGUUGACGAAAUGAAAAAUAACCCCGUUUUGAAAAUAGACUAUAAUUAUUAUCUGGGACAGCAGAUUCAUCCUGUCGUGACUAGAAUUUGUGAACCUAUAGAGGGUACCGAUUCUUACCAAAUAGCCGAAUGUUUAGGGAUGGAUUUGAAGAACUUAAAAAAACCGCAGAAACAAUCAACAGAUCAGAUCGUGGGAGAGAAUAUAUGUAGGCCGGAAAUCAAAUUUAGGAAUGUGGAUACAUUCAAGUUCGUUUGUUACGUGUGCAAACAGGAAAACAUCGUAGACGGUCCGUUGGUCGGCGCGACACCGUUUUUAGAAAAAUGCCAAAACGCCGAUUGCAAAUCGAGACCCAUCGACUACUUACCCUGUAUCCAGAACCAAGUCACUUUGUCUAUUCGUUCCUAUAUAAAGAAGUACUACAAAAGUGUAAUGAUUUGCGAGGACCCAGCUUGCACCAACGAAACCAGGAAAUUACCGCUGCGAUUCGUUAGAAAGUAUCCCUUAUGUAAUGUCUGCAAAAAGGGCGUCCUGUUCAAGGUGUAUAACGAGCAGCAAUUAUACAACCAACUCGCUUAUUUUCAGCAUAUUUUCGAUUUGGGGAAACUCCUCAGAAAACCUGUGAUGGACAGAGAGACCGAGUCCGGCUAUCACGCUCUUCAAGAUACGGUAGAGAAAUACCUCAACCAUUCCGCAUAUUCUUUGGUAGAUUUGACAAGUGUGUUUAUGGCUAUGGAUGUGCACACAACGAGACAGCGUCAAGAAGCGUAUUCCAAAAUUCUUGAAAAUCACAACGACUUGGAUGAAGAUGACGCGGACGAGGAAGUUUAA